AUCGCGGCGGCCACUGUCUGUACAUGUAAAAUCUGAAGGAUGGAGUAUGUCCACAACCCUUCUUUCAGCAUAGAGACCUCUGGUGAACUCACCCUGAGGGCAUCUGAUGAAGCAGUCAUGGUUGCCAGGGCCAACCAGGAGAGCAACUACGCUUUUGUGGCUGAGAGGCCAGGAAAGGAGUUGGCUGAUGCUGAAGUUCUGGUGGGAGCCUCUGGAGGAGACCUGGAUGAUGACCGACUAGUGGCCAGUGAGAGUGCCCUUCAGUUCGCUAUUUGACCUGAUUCCGGAAUAUACAUGUGUAGCAGGGGACAUCAAUGGCUUGCUUCAAAGUCUAUAUCCAGUGCAGAGACAAAACUGCUGCUGAAGCAUCUCCUAAUCAGGUUCCUACUGUGCCAGCGCCUACUGCCCCUCCUCAGACCCGGUCCCUCUCCCAGCCAGGAGGUGAACCAGUUCUGCCAGAUUCUGGCAGUUCGACGAGGGCCAGUUGGUGUCGGCCCUACGGACAUCAUGCCUGGUGGAUUGUGCCCUGAUGCAGGACAGCCCUGAUUGUCUUGUCCAGACCCAGGCUAUAUCCUGUCUGCAGCAGCUGCACAUGUUUGCCCCGUGCCACGUCAACCUGGUUAGCCUGGUGCCCAGCCUGUGUGUAGGAGGGUCCUUCUACACGGCUAAGACGGGGGAGCAGGCCAGACCCCACUACUACAGCUCCUGGGCUCUUAUCCUCCACGGCAAAGCCCUGUGGCUCAGCAGCACCGGCUUCAUCUUGGCGGACGACAGCUUCACCAACCUGUCCCGGCCCAUCACCCCCAUGGGCCAGUCCGCCUCCCUGGCCUCAGUCAAGUCCCCUGAGGACGUCAGCGCCGACCGGCUGCACUUUAUCCUGGGUAAAGAUGCCUUCCUGUGUUCCCCUCACUCCCAUAACCAGAUGGAGAACAUCUCCUCCGGUCUCCACGCCCUGCAGGCCCUGCUCCAAGACCCGUGGCCCCGGUCGAAGGUGAGCGGGGAACUGCUGAGCAUGCUCCACGGGCUGCUGGUGACCCGGGAGGCCACGGCGGUGCAGCUGGCCGUGCUCCAACAGGUGGUGAGCGCCGCCCAGGAGCAUGUCAGCAGAGAAAGGCCACAGCGCCGAAGAACAUCUCUUUCUCUCAGUGGAUGUCGGAGCGGAGAAAAAGGAAACAGUGCCUGAGUUCUGGGAGGGCCGGGAUAUCGGUGGCUCGGUUCCGGGAAGGUCUAUGGUGUUUGGGGCCCUGAGGCUGUGCCUGUGUGUACUGGUGUGUAAACCUCCCCAGCUCGGCCCCAAGCUGUCCCCAUGGCUGUGUCCCAAGGCUGCCCCCCCCCUCUCCCCCUCAGCUCAGGGAGGGUUCUCCCCUUCUACAUCCUGUGUAUUAUCCCCAUCUUAUGCUGCCUCUCCUCUGUCCAUCUCUCCUUUUCUACCUCCCCCCCUCCCUAAUUC